AUGCCUCUUGAAGUUAAGGAUGAUGUAACUUUAUAUCACAUUCUUUGGGAAUGUUAUCAGGGGAUCCAUUACCUAAAGAAGGGCAUCAUUUCUGGUAAAGUAGCAAUAAAGCAGGAUGGGCAAAAUCUCUGCAAGAAAGCUUUCAAGUACAUUGAGGAUUGUGGAGCUGGCACAGGACUACAGCGUUCCAUUCAUGGAACCCCAUUCAUACAUGGGGUUACUAUAAACACUACAGCUGAGAGAGAUGUCGUCCACCCUGGAGCACAGGCCCCUCUGCACAGUCACCGCCGCCGGUUCACACCCGCCACCCCCCAGCUCACCAUGGAUGAUGACAUCGCUCCGCUCAUGGUCAACAGUGGCUCUGGCUUCGCCGACACCGACACCCCCCGCCGGGCUGUCUUCCCCUCCAUCCUGGGGUGGCCUUGGCACCAGGAGAGGCAGUGCUUUUGGGUUAGAAGUGCAGUCACGAGCCGACACCUCAUCAGCCCCGGAGCACAGUCACUGUCGCAGGUUCACACGUACCACCCCCAGCUCACCGUGGAUGACAACAUCGCUGCGCUCGUGGUCGACAACGGCUCCGGCAUGUGCAAGGAGGGCGACGACGCCUCCCGGGCUGUCUUCCCCUCGGUGUUGGGGUGCCUUUGGCACCAGGGCAUGAUGGUGGGCAUGGGCCAGAAGGACUCCUACGUGGGGGACGAAGCCCAGAGCAAGAGAGGCAUCCUGACCCUCAAGUACCCCAUCGAGCACGGCAUUGUCACCAACUGGGAUGACAUGGAGAUGAUCUGGCACCACACCUUCUACAAUGAGCUGCAUGAGGUCCCCGAAGAGCACCCAGUGCUGCUGACGGAGGUCCCUCUGAACCCCAAGGCUAACCGGGAGAAGAUGACCCAGAUCAUGCUUGAGACCUUCACCACCCCUGCCGUGUACGUCGCCAUCCAGGCCGUGCUGUCCUGCAGGCCUCUGGCCAGACCACCGGCAUCGUGA